GUGAUGAAGAACAUGUUGUCAUUGGCUGCACCUGAUGUCAGACUCCAUGGUUUGUUCAUUGCCAUUGUGUGGUUUACUAUGGCCUUCAGUUAUUACGGCCUAGGCACGUGGUUUCCAGACCAGAUCAAGUACCUCCAGUUUGAAGAGUACGAGUCCAACGUCAAGAUCUUCCACCGUGAGAGAGUCGAACGCUUUCAUUUCAACUUCACUCUGCAAAAUCAGCUCCACAAAGAGGGGGAGUAUGUUCACGACAGGUUUAUCAACAUCGAAAUAAGAAAUGUGAAGUUCGAGGAUUCGCUCUUUGAGAAUUGUUAUUUUGAGGACAUCAAAUCAACAGAGACCUUCUUCGAGAACUGCACCCUGAAAAACACAGUCUUCUACAAUACCGACCUGUGGGAAGAUUCCAAGUUCAUUAACUGUAACCUGGAAAACACAACGUUUUUGCACCCCAAAAAAGGCUGCCAUCUCAAUUUCCAGGAGGAAAAUGACAUCCUGAUCUAUCUAGACAGCUUCCUGGGCAGUUUGUCUGUAAUACCAGGCAACAUCUUAGCAGGUCUAUUAAUGGAUAAAAUAGGACGACUUAAAAUUAUAGGAGGAUCCAUGUUAGGCUCUGCCGUCUGCACAUUCUUCCUGCUCCUGUGCUUCAGUCAGUGGGCUGUGGUUCUGUUCCAGUGCCUCUUCUUUGCAGCCGGAGCUGCAGCUUGGAACGGCAUCGAGGUCGUUACAGUGGAGCUCUAUCCAGCCUCAAAAAGAGCCACAGCUUUCGGUGUGCUGAACGGCACAUGCAAACUGGCAGCUAUCAUUAGCAGUUUCAUCUUUGGCAAGUUCAUUGGCAUCACCAAGAUUAUACCUAUAAUCCUGUCCUUCUCAGCGCUGGUCUGCGGAGGGCUCCUAGCAUUCAAGCUACCUGAGACUCGAGAGGUCAUUCUUCAGUGAAAAUAAAAGCCAAACUCUUCAAGGCCUCAGUAUUUUGGUCUAGAUGGACACGGGAUGAUUAGCCUGCUGGACACUGACUGCAAAAAAAAAAA